GCAAUGAUGGGUCGACGUUCUGUGUUUUAUAUUCAUUUACUUUUAGUUUACCUGUUAUUUUAUAGCGAGGCAAAAUCAUAUCGCGCUGUGGUUGUUAUCCAUGGAGUGCUCACUGGAAGCGAUAGUAUGAAUCUCAUCAUGGACAGAAUCCAGGAGAUGCACCCUGGAACUCUAGUCUACAAUACCGUUAGAUUCGCGGGAUGGCGUAGCCUGGAGCCGAUGUGGCAACAGGUCGAGGAAAUCGGCACCGACGUAGUCUCUAUCGGUGCUGCGUUUCCCGAAGGAAUUAAUCUAAUAGGUUACAGCCAGGGAGGUCUGUUGGCUCGGGCAAUAUUACAGAGGUUUCCGAUGCAUAAUGUGAGAAACUUUAUUUCCCUGAGCUCGCCGCAAGCGGGACAAUACGGUACACGCUUUCUGCAUCUGAUUUUCCCCGAUCUAGUUUGCGAAUCCGCCUACGAACUCUUUUACUCGCACAUCGGGCAACAUAUUAGCGUUGGAAAUUAUUGGAACGAUCCUCAUCAUCAAGAACUGUAUCACAAGUACAGUAAGUUUUUACCAUACGUAAACGAAAUCGAUGCUUUCAACAAUACCGACUACAAAACGGGUUUGACUAAACUCAAACGAAUGGUGCUUAUUGGAGGACCGGAUGACGGGGUUAUCACACCAUGGCAGAGCAGCCAUUUUGGAUAUUAUGACAAUAAUGAGACAGUAGUAGAAAUGUACAAUAGAUCUAUUUAUAAAGAUGACAUUAUUGGUUUGAGAACGUUGGAUGAACAAGGAAGAUUGAAAAUUAUCACUGUGCCAGGAAUAUCUCAUUACGAGUGGCACAACAACGUUUCUAUAAUAGAUGAAUUUUUAUUGCCAUUUUUAGAUUAAAUUUAAUGUGUUUUAAAUAAAUACUUGCCAAAUGUCAAGGUAAAAAAUUCGAAAAUUACUGCAACUUAAACUUCAAAUUUUUGCAAAACAUACUUUUCCCCAUUUCUAAUUUGAAAUUUGUAAUUAAAAUUAAAUUAAUAUAAAUUUAUUAACAGCAAACGUGAAAUACUACAUAUGCACAAGACUGAAAAAUUACAUCUCAUACAUAUCAUAUAAGCAUAUAGCAAUUAUAUAACUAAUGUAAAAAUAUACUGCAAAAACGGCAAUCUGUUUCGUACCAGGAAAUCGCGUGCGUGCGCGUAUUCUUAUUGAAAUGCUCGAAAUAUUUUAAGAAGUAAACUUAUUUAUUAUAAAUGUAUAUAUAUAUUUCGAAUUACUUAUAUAAUAUUAACAAUGCAACAACACACUUUUUCUAUUAAUAAAACUUAACUACCUUUUUCUACCACAAAGACUCAACCUAUUGUCGUACUUUUCGCUCAUUGUUGUAAUCAUAUAAAUUCUUCAAAAUA